AUAUAAAAUUAAGUUAAUUAAGUUAAUUUAAUCAACUAUGAGUGUCUCUUGAUUGACAAUAAUUAUUCACAUUAUUUAUAUGCAAUCCUUUGUACAUUAAUGAGCUGUCACUGAUUAUUAACACUGUUAUCAAUUGUGUUGCAGGACGGCAAUACUCCACUUCACAUGUUGUUACAAGCUAACCAUUUGUUUCAAGAUCACAUAGACGCAGCCAGAUAUAUCUUAGAAGCUGGAGCAGAUACCAACCUAAAAAACAAACGUGGUCGAACUCCAGCUGAAGUGUAUAAGAAGAACAAAUGUAGGAAAUACGAUUCUACAAGCAAACAAUCACAGAAAGAAACGCUCAUGCAUCUCAUAAAAAAAUUCGAAGUUCCUGAGGAAAUAUUAGCUAGAGGUAAAGAAGCUGUGAGGGUUUUUAACGAGGAGUUGGAAAAUGGAAAAAUCACAAUAAAUCAUGCACGAUUAAUGGUGGGUGGAAAGCAGGGUGUUGGAAAAACCAGUUUGGUAAACACUCUGCUUGGAAAACCAUUUAAUGACAAAGAACCAUCAACCGAUGGGAUAGUAUUGAGAACAGCAUUUCAAGCUACUAACGUUGAUUGUAGUGAGUGGGAAGAGGAAGAGGAUAUUGACGAUUGUAAUCGGAUCAAACAGAUACGUGAUAAUGCAAUAGAAGAUAAAGUUGCUGAGAAAUUAAAAUUUAUAGGAAAGCAAACAGAGGAACACAAUUCGGCACCUAAACCAGCAGUUGAACCUGUAAAUGAACCAGCAGUUGAACCUGUAACUGAACCAGCAACUGGAACAAUACUUGAACGAGAAGCUGAACUGAUGCCUGAACCAGCAGCUGAACCGAUAUCUGAAGGAGCAGUUGAACCUGUAACUGAACCGGCAGCUGAACCGAUAUCUGAACCAGCAGUUGAACCGAUAUCUGAACAAGCAGUUGAACCUGUAACUGAACCAGCAGCUGAACCGAUACCUGAACCAGCAGCUGAACCGAUAUCGGACUAUUGUAAUCGGAUCAAACAGAUACGUGAUAAUGCAAUAGAAGAUAAAGUUGCUGAGAAAUUGAAAUUUAUAGGAAAGCAAAUAGCAGCAGGCGAACCAAUACAUGAACCAGCAGCUGAACAGAUACCUGAACCAACAGUUGAACCAGUACAUCCUGAAUUUUUACUGAAGUUUUAUUCAAAAAGAUAUCCUUAA